UUUUCUUUUUAAAUGUUGUGAACGGAGUCGGAUGACUGCAUCUAAUAAUGUCUAUGAUUCGUACCUUGUAUGAAAUAGGAACCAUGUUUAAAACAUGAAGAAAUUACUUAAUAAUAACAGAUAAUUCUAUCAAUCUGCCCUGAUUCUUCUGACAUUUACUUCACUUACAUUCUCAAGAAUAUUACUGUCAGCUGAUGCCUUUAUUACAAUGUAGAGUUUUAUCGAUAAUCAAUAUAAAUUGUGGAUUUGGUAAUCUGUGCACAGAGUUCAUUUAUAAAAAGAGAAAUUUGAUCUAUACUAUUUGUUGAUGAUUAUGUUUCGUUUUUAAAAUAUAUCAAUAAAAUGGUACUAAAAAAGAUUUCCAUCGAUCAUCCGGAAAAUGCACUUGCGUCAUCCUAACUUUUUAAAAAUGUUUAUUUUAUUACUAUCGUGAUAUUUCCGGUGUAUCCAUGUUGCAAAAUAUGGGGGGAAAAUAUAAACAUAGAACGACUCUUGAAUUACUAAUUAAUAUUUUAAUAAUGUUGAUUAAUCCAAAUAUAAUUCUUAAUCCGAUUGAUAUCAUAAUCUCAAACAAUUUCAAUUUAUCGGAGUCGAAACGGUACUUUACGAAAUAUGUACAGUAUCAGAAUCCCUUUGGUUUUCAGCGUACCUGGCCUAGGUAGAUCUAUCAUCUAUUCCUUCACUAACGACAUCAGUUCACACUAGUCGGCGGAGUAAUACAACGGGUUCUUUCACGAUCAUGACCAAUCAUGCAGAGCGGUUUCGUAGCGCCGUCUGUCACAAGCAUGUGGAUUUCCGAUAGCAGAUAAAAAUGCGGACGGUUUGAAUGGAAGUCGUUGUGAUCUUCUCUCUUUCGGACUUGGUGAUCAAGUCGCUAGUGUAUGAGGAUUAAUUCAACAUUUGUUUUAUUGUCACUUGAAGUUUUCGCCAUGGGAUGAACAUUCUACAGUUCUGUUUUUCAUGUCAAUGAAUUUUAUUUUUUGAAUUGGAACCAUAGCCAUCGAAGUGUACAAAGCUAAAACAAUGUCUGAGAACAAAGUCAAAGGAGGAGGGGAACAAAAUUUGACAGUGGCACUCAGGAUAAGACCCAUGAAUGAAGAUGAAAUUUUGAUGGGAGCCACUCAAAUAGCCCAUAAAGUCCAGAAAAAGAUGGUGGUGCUGAUGGACCCUAUGGAGGACCCAGAAGAUGUUUUGCGAGCCAAUCGUUCACGAGAGAAGCAGUUUGUUUUUGACUACACAUUUGAUGGUGGAGCUUCUCAGGAGGAAGUAUACAGAACCACUUCUCAGUUUCUGAUUCCCAGCGUUAUAUCAGGAUAUAAUGCCACUGUGUUUGCCUAUGGUGCCACUGGUGCUGGAAAGACCUACACAAUGCUGGGGGCCCAUGAUGAACCAGGAAUCAUGGCCCAGGCCCUCAAUGAUCUAUUUCUAGAAAUGGAGAGGACCAGGGACAGUAUGUCUUACAAAGUGACCAUGUCUUAUUUAGAGAUAUACAAUGAAAUGAUUCGAGACCUUUUAAAUCCAAGUGCAGGAAUUCUCGACCUACGGGAAGAUGCCAAGGGUGGAGUUCAAGUUGCAGGCCUUUCAGAGGUCAAUACAAGUUCAACAGAUGAGGUGAUUGACAUGUUGCUGAAGGGAAACAAAGAGAGAACCCAAGAGCCGACAGCAGCCAACAAGACAUCCUCUCGAUCUCACGCUGUCCUUCAGGUGUCCAUCAAACAACAGAAUCGUGUUCGCAACACCACGCAGGAAGUCAGGAUGGGGCGACUGUUUAUGAUUGACUUGGCGGGGUCAGAAAGGGCCGCUAACACGCACAAUCGCGGGAAGCGCAUGGUGGAGGGUGCUCAUAUAAAUAGAUCACUCCUUGCACUGGGAAACUGCAUCAAUGCACUCACUGAUACCAGGGGAUCCAAGUAUGUGAAUUACCGUGACAGUAAACUGACGCGUCUUCUAAAGGAAGCUCUCGGAGGGAACUGCAAGACGGUCAUGAUAGCCCACAUCAGCCCUGCCUCCAUUCAUUUUGAAGAGUCUAGAAAUACCCUUGUUUAUGCUGACAGAGCAAAACAUAUUAAAACAAAGGUGAGAAGAAAUGUAACAGACGUGUCGUACCACAUUGCCCAGUACACCAACAUAAUACAGGAACUUAGGGAGGAGAUCCAGAGACUGAGGCACAGGCUCCAUGACAAGUCUAGCCCCCGGCCUGGGGCCAACAUACAAGCAGUACAGGCUGAAGUAGUGGAGGCCAAGAGAGAGGAACUAAAUAAAUUAAAGGAACAACUGCUCAUAUCAUUCAAAGAUCAGAUGGAGCUCAGGAAAAGUUUAAUGGAGUUGAAUAAUGCUUCCAUGGAAGUUAGCCUGGAGACCAAUAGGAAUCAGCUCAUAAUUAGCGAGUGGGAAUUAGAUAAAGCCCGAUUUUCCAGGAGAAAGGAAGGGGGAGACAAGGCAGAUACAGAGGAUUCUAAGGCCCUGGAGCUCUCUGGGGCUGGAUCAGAUGACCUCCAAGAGACGGAGGAUAUAAAGCUCGCCCGGGAGGAACUGAAAGUGCUUCAUGACGAGAAGCAUCGGACAGAGAAAUUACGGGCCACAGUCAUGAAGGAACUGGAGCAGGCCAGGGUCAAAACAAGACAUAUUGAAGAGACUAUACCACAAAGAAUCAAUACGGAAGAUCAACGAGAAAUUCUCAGUCUACUUUGUAAAGUCCAUGAACUAGAAAUUGAGAAUACGGAGACUCAGUCUGCCUGUCUGCUUAGGGAAUUCCAAAUUAAACGCAAAGAUAUGGUGAUUUCGCGAUUUCGACAACACCAAAAUCUCUGCGAUCAAAUUAUUCGACGACAGAAACAAAUCAUGGAAGAGAACAAGAUCACAGCCACACAUGAUUUGGAGGAGCUGUACAGUUUGUAUAAACUGGAGCAGGAUGACAGAAUGAUGCUGAGGGAAGACUCUGGACAACUCAGUCCUGAGAUCAGAUUAAAGGCUUCGUCCAUUUCCAGUAAUUACCGGAAUAUUGCAGAUGAGGUGGAUCAGCUUAGUACCCUGACAGAGGAGGAUGAAAGGGGACAUCUCCUGACCUACAGAUCUAGUGAAGGAGAUGAUAAGCUCUUUUCAAAGACUCCAAGAGGAAUGAAGGGUGGGGCCAGCUUAACAGGUGCUUGGAGAAAUGACUCUAAUUUAAGUAGUGGUGCAAAUGGCCGAAACAGUGAUCAGAAUGGUGCAUUCGGAAACAGAACUCCAGAAAACAGGAAAGAAAUUGCUUCAAACACGCGCAGCAUUGCAGCACUGGCUGCCAAGAAGCGUUCCAAAGCACACAAUGACCUUCUGAACUUAGAACGACAAUUUGGAGGUGAACCAAGGACACUGUAUAGAAAUUCAGGUGAAAAGAGUAGCAAUUCUGAAAAUGACUACUUAUCUCCAUCAACUCUGGCAAGACAUGACCGGAAUUAUGGAGAGUUAGUGCUUCCCCCACUAAGUAAGCCACCCAGUGAGGAUAAUCUGGACAACAUCUCGACGGGAACCAAGCAGAGUACCAACACAGACAGCACAUUGCCUCCUCUGAGGAAUGAGAGUAAUUUCAGGAGAGGGGACACCAGGAGGAAUAGGAGAACAAGGGGAUACGAUGUGUCUCAGAAUAGAAGGUCCCAGUCACUUGGAGAUAAUGGAAAAUCAGGUGAAAGCAGAGAAUGGACUCCUCCAAGUGUAAAUAAAAGAGGAGGGAAAACCAAACGCUACAACAACAAAGGAUCUAAUGAACAUAAUGGCAACCCGAGUAACAGGAAAAAAGUUCCCACAAUUCCAUCAUACAGAAAGGGGGACAUAACUGUGAUGGGAUUCAGCCUGCCUCGGUAGAUUAAUGUUCCCAUAGCAGCAGAAAAACAAUGUCUGUAUCUUAGAGAACAUGAUCUUGCCAGUUUAUUUGCAAGGUUUACAUUUUUGUGAGAAGGUGUCACCACCAUUCUAGUGUCUUACAUAUUGAUUAUGAGAAAUUAAGUGCAUUUUAUAUUUCUCCAUUUGUGUAUGAGUCAUGAUAUUAAUUAAAAGCAAUAAAUGUGGCCAUCUUUUGCUGAGAAUAUUUCUGAAUUUAGUAGUCAUUAUAAAAGCAUGCAGGCAUUCAAAUCUCUCUGAAUGCCUCUCCCUUGAAUUUUUAAAAUUUGUAAUUUCAGACUUUGAAAUCUCCAUUUAUAGAAGGUGAGAUGUCUCAGACAAAACAAUGAUCACUGUAUGUGCUAUGCUUUAUAAGAGAGUAAGUGUAACAUCAGACCCUAACAGUUUUUGAAGACAUGAAAAUCUUUUGUAAAGUUUUUUUCUCAUGUUAUUGUAAUGUUUGAGAGUGUACUUCGUUAAAUUAUGCCAAUCUGAAAAUUGUGCUUUUUCUCACCUUUUGAAAAAUAUUUUUCUAUAUUUUACUGUCACAAUUGUGUCAGUUUUAAUUGGAUUUGAAAUUUUUUAAGAAGAAAAAGUAAUUGAUUUUGCACAACACUUACAAAUAUUCCCUGUUACAAUGUAGACACACUCAUAAGCAAGCGAUAUUGUUGUGUAUUUUCCUACAUCAGAUAGAUUUUUUUUUUAUCUUGCCAUAAGAGACUCUGUGAUAAAAGAACUGCUGAUGUCUGUGCAGAUUAACAUGUGAUGAGUACCAGUGUGUGUGUUUGUGUGUGCAUUGUAUGCAAGAUUUGUUGUUGCAAUGUUAAUUUUUUUUAUAAAAGGAAAAUGCUCUUUAUUUUUUCCACCAAUGAAGGAUAGUCCAAUAUUUGUAAACUUUUGUUCCAAGACAGAAGAAUUCAUUACCAAGAUGUGAAAUUUUCAGUAUUUUUGUUAUCUGUCGACCCCUUCUUUCCAAACUACACGUAGAUCUACUUAAUUUUUUAAAAACAUGCUCUCAGUGAUUUUUUAAGGUUACGAGAGUUCCCGCCAAUUUGGUUCUUUAAUUUUACUUAAUUAACACAUUGAAACCACAGUAAUGCUGUUAUUUUUCCCCUGUCAUGAAUAUAUUGGCCUUGAAGUAAAAAAUUCCCCCAUUAUUAUCUUGAGCAAGUUUCAGUGCAUCUGCAAGAGUUAUACGCCUUUAAUAAUCCAUAACUUAAGGAAAAUAACUCUUCAGUUGUUUUGUGUUAUCUGUAUAAAAAAAAAAUCAUGGGAAAAAUUGAAUAAUUAGGAAAGCUGAACUUUUCACAACCAGGAAUUAUCAAAGUAUGCUAACUCUAAAACAAACCUGGUAAUAUACCCAAUUUUGUUGUUGUUAACGAAACAAGCCAGGAUGCAAGUGAAUUGUACCUGAUAUGUCACGAAAAAUUAUAUUAUUAUUGAGAAAUGUUGCAUAUGACAGGAAUUAUUCAAGCUGCCACAUGUGAUUUCUUUUUUGCAUUGCAAUAUUCCUGUCUCAUUGCUAUUGUGUAUCAUUUUGAUGCAUUCGUGUAUUGUUAUUUAUUGUUGUUUAUUUUUAAAUUAAUUUUUUUUCUGGAUUGUUAUUUUGUUACUUGUUUUAAUGGUCUUUUGAAAUCAUACAGUAAUGUUGUGGCAUUAUAUGAUAUUAGAGAAAAUGUGCCGUAAAGGCUAUAUACAUGUACAUGAACAAAACUUUAUCCAAAAAAAAUGAAUUACUUAGAAAUACGUUGAUUAGAAAGCCAUUGUAAACAUAACACUGCUGAUGAUGAAAAAGUGACCUUGAACUAGAUUUAGAAUUUUUUAUCAAUUAAAAUUGUUUGAUAUGAAUUCCUUUUCAGACAUUGCACUUGUGAUUCCAUGCAACACUUGCACCAAAAUACCUUCAUUCUUAGAUUCAAAAUUAUCAUUUAGCAGAAGUAGUCAUUGAUGGUAGAAAGACUUUCGUUGUCCAACCAAAAUUUUAUAUGUAUCAAUAAGUAAAGAAUGUUCUUGUUCUUUUUAAGGAUUUUUCUUUUUUAGAUUGAAAAUUGUCAUCAAAGUUAUUGAUUAUGUUCCAGUGAAAAAAAACUGGUAUUGCAUGUAUGACAAUGUCAGUAUGUCAUAAUGAAAUAAAAAUUCAGUGAUUUCUUUAAACAAAGUGAUUUCUAUACCAUA